AUGGACUCGUGGGAGACAGGGGUACUGAGCCAAUCAAUUGAUCUCACACCACCCAGUACCCUCUGCGAGAUCGAGGAGGCACUCGAGCAGGAGAUCCUAGCGCGGGAAUCGGCAAUCGCGGUAGUGCACACCUUCUUAGCUAAGCUAAUUAUCGAUGGUGCCGAGUCUUUCUUCUCCUUUACGAUCUCAAUCCCUGUCUACCGCCGUUCUCCUUUGGAGUUCGGCUUUAUUCCCUGGUUGCCGCCCGUUCUUACUUGGGUGGUAGAAGUCGAAAAGCAUAUCUUUCGACAUCACUUUACAAUGGCAGGCUCAACACAGCAACAGCCCCUCGUCAAAGGAGGACAUAUGCGAUCCCCAAGUGACCUGCCUGAAACAUUCACCUCUUCAACGGUACCUUGUGUUUACGAGAACACCAUCAUCCUCGCCGCAACGCACCCUUCUAUCAACAGUGCCCACCCAUUGCGAGACGGGUGGUUUAUCUCCGACUUCUACACCUUCAACUAUCUCCUCAAAGGUCAAGGCCAGAAGCAGACCAAUCCUUACGAGGAGCGCAAAACUUGCCUUGAUCGUGACAUACUGGAUCAAGAUCAACUGACCCCUGUGACUGUCGUUCGGUCGAAUGAAAUGAUUGACCGUUUCCUUCUGGAGGCAAUGCUAGCCUCCGACUUAGCUAAACGAACCGACGCCCCACUCCUCCUCAUAUUUUGUCACGUACUCCCCAAUUACCACCUCUGUUUGAACGAUAGCAAUGAAUCAAAGGGACUCAGUAUCCUCGCCCUGAAAGCCGUCCUUGAACCCGGUGCCCGCGUUACCCUGGUUACUACCGCUUAUUACUCGGGAGGAUGGGCUACGACUCCGGAAUUAAACAUUACUAGCAUGACAGCAGCUGGUGGGCUCCAUACUAAUCCGGACGAAGAACUUCACAAAGGACUUUCUAAUGCGUGGGGUGCUUCACUAAGUGUCGGUCGGACUUGUGGGUCAAUUUUUGCGAGCACCCUGUUCCAGACCCUUUCGAGUGCUACGAGUCCUCUGUUAGAUGCUCGAGAAUCUAGCAAUUCUAGUGACCAGCUGAGUUUACAACCCGAGGAGCCGAAUGAUCAGCAAACCCUAAGCUAUAACUCAUUCUGCCAAUCUGUCCUGGAUACAUGCCAAAAUAGCGUGACACGGCUAGGCAACAGGCAGUGUUUCACAUUCAGUGCCCAGGAUGAUAGAUGGGAUACUCAUGGACGGGCCGAACCGGCAUCCCGCUAG